AGAUGAAUAGGUGGUGACGCGACAUUGGAGGAGGCGGCCGGGAGAAAAACGGUCAACAAUUGAAGGCUUGAUUGUGGUCAUGUCGUUUUCUUUUAGGACACACACAACCUCCCCUUCUAUGUUGCUCCAUCAAACUUGAGGUCCUUGACUAGAGACACACACACACACACACACACACACACACACACACACACACACACACACACACACACACACACACACACACACACACACACACAAGUCCCACUCCACUAGAGGAUCUGAGGGAGAGCAGCGGUCUGCAGAGCCACACCACAAAGCUGCAAAGGCUCAUUUGCUGGCACGGCUCGGUUUAAUUGUCAAGUCCAGCCCAGACCGGGUCACCUUGCGUGGAGAUCUGCUCGAGUCUGUUCUGGACUGCUCCUCUUCACCCUCGUCUCAGCGUGAGUCGUUUUGGAUACAUAUUUUUGUUGUUGUUGUUGUUGAGAAAAUAAACAGAAAACCUCCAGGAUAUUUUUUUUUCUUCUUUUUUUUUUUAAAUUUUUUUUUUGAGGAGGAGGGGGAGCUAAAGACUUUUUUUUUUUUUUUUUUUUUUGCGGGGGGAUUGAUGAUGGCGUCUGCACCGUCCUCCACCUCCUCCUCCUCCGCAGAUGCCGACGCGGACCCCAACGCGGCGAAUUUGCGGCCACCGGGAUCAAGUUAUGAUGCGUGGUGCGGAGUCGCCCAUGGAUGCACAAGAAAAUUGGGAAUGAAGAUAUGUGGGUUCCUGCAGAAGAAUAACAGUCUGGAGGAGAGGAGCAAGUUCUUCAAGGAGCGCGCGGCCAGGAGCUUCAUGCUCACCUGCGACAACAGUGGCGGGGGCGCGCGCUUCACGCGCACGGAGACCGACUUCUCCAACAUGUUUGCGAGAGAUCUCUUACCUGCCAAAAACGGCGAGGAGCCCACCAUGCAGUUCUUGCUGGAGGUGGUGGAAAUCCUCACCAGCUACAUCCGCAAAACCUUCGACAGAUCCACCAAGGUCCUGGACUUCCACCACCCACACCAGCUGCUGGAAGGCAUGGAGGGCUUUAACCUGGAGCUCUCAGAGCAGCCCGAGUCCCUGGAGCAGAUCCUGGUGGACUGUCGGGACACUCUGAAGUAUGGCGUGAGGACAGGUCAUCCCAGAUUCUUCAACCAGCUGUCGACUGGAUUAGACAUUGUUGGCUUGGCAGGGGAGUGGCUUACCUCUACAGCCAACACUAACAUGUUCACAUAUGAGAUUGCGCCCGUCUUCGUACUGAUGGAGCAGCUGACGCUGAAAAAGAUGAGAGAAAUCAUCGGCUGGCCCGAGGGGGAGGGCGACGGAAUAUUUUCCCCGGGAGGAGCAAUUUCCAACAUGUACAGUGUGAUGAUUGCACGGUACAAGUACUUCCCCGAGGUCAAAACCAAAGGCAUGGCAGCUGCACCCCGACUGGUCCUUUUCACCUCCGAGCAUAGCCACUACUCCAUCAAGAAGGCCAGUGCAGCUCUGGGAUUUGGAACAGAGAACUUGAUCCUGCUCAACACAGAUGAAAGAGGGAGAGUCAUCGCCGCUGAUUUGGAAGCCAAAGUGAUUGCCGCCAAACAAAAGGGGUAUGUUCCCAUGUAUGUCAACGCCAUGGCCGGCACCACCGUCUACGGAGCCUUCGAUCCCAUCAAUGAAAUUGCAGACAUCUGUGAGAAGUACAACAUGUGGCUCCAUGUGGACGGAGCGUGGGGUGGAGGUUUGCUCAUGUCUAGGAAACACAGACACAAGCUGAACGGGGUGGAGAGGGCCAACUCGGUCACUUGGAACCCUCACAAGAUGAUGGGAGUGCCUCUGCAGUGUUCCGCCAUUCUGGUCAGAGAGAAGGGUUUACUGCAAGGCUGCAACUCCAUGUGUGCGGGCUACCUGUUCCAGCCAGACAAGCAGUACGACGUCGCAUACGACACAGGAGACAAGGCGCUCCAGUGCGGGCGCCAUGUGGACAUAUUUAAGUUCUGGCUCAUGUGGAAGGCAAAGGGAACGGUAGGAUUCGAGCAACAUAUUGACAAGUGUCUGGAUCUGUCAUCAUACCUUUAUUACAAAAUAAAAGGCAAAGAAGGCUUUGAGAUGGUGUUUGACGGAGAGCCGCAGCACACCAACGUCUGCUUCUGGUACAUUCCGCCCAGCCUUCGCAGCAUGCCUGCUGGUGAAGAGAGACAGCAGAGGUUGCACAAGGUGGCCCCCAAGAUCAAGGCCAUGAUGAUGGAGUCCGGCAGCACAAUGGUGGGCUACCAGCCUCAAGGAAAGAAGGUCAACUUUUUCCGCAUGGUCAUCUCCAACACGGCCGCUACGAGGUCGGACAUCGACUUUCUGGUGGAGGAGAUUGAGAGACUGGGCCAGGACUUGUAAAGGCGACUCGUGCGUUCAUUCACAGACACUUCAUUAGGAACACCUGAGGUCCAAUCCAAGAGCGGGAUAAUACUAACAAUAAUAAUGCUAGGUUUUUAUUGGCACAUUUAACAAGUUAUUAUUGUGGUUGUAAUCAAAAAUGAGAAUGAUUAUCAUUUCAAAUAACAAUGAGCCUCAUGUGUUCGGUUCUCAUUAGAUCGUGUACCUAAUGUUGUGGCCUGUGAUGCAUACUUUAAGUAGGGAUCUUAUGACCCUUUUUCCUGUGUGUCUUCUCUGUCAAUAGACAAUAGAAUGUCGUAUUCUAUGCAGACUGGUUUAAAAAACCCAAUGGGAACGUGAAAAAAGAGCACAAACUUACUGCAUUAAUGUAAAGUAAUAUAUAGUAUAAGAAAUGUUGGUGCACCAUGUUGUCAAAUCCAUCGUCUAGGUGGUAAGAUACAGUAAACGAUGCAGUCAAUGUAAUAUGUCUUGUAUUAAUGUGUUUUUACAUUUUUUGUCUGUCUAGACUGUGUAAAGUAUUGUUACAUGA